UCAACACUGGUAUUCUGAGCGCUCGCGAUGCCGAAUGGUGCGGUAGCACGCGCCUGCCGUGGGAGGCGGAUGUCAUCUUGAUCCGAGGAAGCGAUUGCUACGUUACCAUCAGCCCUGGCGAUGCAAACGACAAGACUACCAUGAAUGAUGCUGCAGUUCAGACUGAGAUCAUCAACAAGCUCAAGCCGAUCUUAUCAUGCUUGCCUUAGAAUUGGAGAAUGACCAGGAUUGGGCUGGCUGUGCAUGAAGCUUUAUGAUGUACAUAAUACCAAGGAGAAUAACGUCGCUUUCAAGAGUACUUUCCAGUUCGUCCAUCAUAGUGAUGUGACGGUCACAAUGAUCGUUCCCAAGCGAUAUGGUGAAAGCACGUGAGGCCGAUGAGUCAUCGUUAAAUCUAGGGUGAAGGCAGGUGUAGUCUUACUUCUGAACAGUCAACACAGUCAACCAGCAGAAUUCUCAAUACCAAGACCAAGACGAUGUCAGACCACAAUGCCGUCGAAACACCAGUACUGCGCACCGAUAAACCUCUAUCGCUCGCAGCGCGCAUGAAAUCAUACGAAGCACACUUCGACCAAACCCUUCCUCUCGACAAGCCCAUCAUCCUCCGCCUGGACGGCCACGGCUUCUCUCGCUUCACCUCGCAUUUUGCGCGCCCAUUCGACGAGCGCAUACACACCGCCAUGAUAACAACCUGCGCCGAUCUCCUCCAUUUCUUCCCUCGGGUCACAGUUGCAUAUACGCAAUCCGACGAGAUCACCCUAGUAUUCCCAGAAGGCGUGCAGACUUUCAACGAGCGAGUGCAGAAGCUGUGCAGUCUAAGCGCUAGCUACUGCUCCGUGAGAUUUAACAAGCAUCUCACUAAUGCUCUCAAGACCAUACCUGAGCCGAAGGUCAAGGGCAAUGUGGAAGAGGUACUUGGAACGGCAUAUUUUGACGCGAGGUUCUUUCCUGUGCCUGAGAUAGCAGAGGCGCUUAACAACCUUAUUUGGCGCUGUCGCAAUGAUGCUGUGAGGAAUUCUGUUUCUGCUUUUGCAAGGACUAUGUAUUCGACCAAGGAGAUGGAUGGGAAGAAGACGCAGGAUCUUGUUAGUAUGAUGCUAGAGGAGAAGGGUGUUAGGUUUGAGGAAGCGGUACCGAAAUGGGCGAUAGAAGGCUGUUUGUUGAAGAGAGAACAGUAUGAACAUGAGGGGGUGAACUUAAAGUCUGGUCAGACUGAGAGGACGUUUCGAACGAGGACACGGGUGGAGGAGAGGGGUAUUCGCGAUUUUGGCCAUGAGGGGUUGAAGUUGGUGAUGGAUAAGUAUUGGUAGUGUAGCUUCGAGAAUUCAUCGCUUUUCUGCGUGGCGGACAGGCCGCGAUAACGACUACUAAGCCUGCGUAUUUAUAUUUUGAGGUCGGUUUGUGGUGUGAUAGACCCAGUUGUAGUAGUUGCAACAGUCAAAACAAACAACUUCUAAUUCAGCCUAUGCGCGUGUACGAUUU